AUGCAAUUUGUUAUUUUAUUUUUAUUUUUUUGCGCGCGUUACUUUUGUCUCUUUCUCUUUUCUAUUGAUUUGCUUCUUUCUUAUAUUUCUUUUAAUUAUAUGGCCUUCUCUCCUUUAUUUGUUGCUUUCUUCUUUUCUUUUACUUUCGCAACUUCAAUACCUUUGCACAUUUCUUUUUUUUCUUUCUUUAUUUCUUUCUUUGUCUUCCAUGGUGUAUUUCUCAAUUUGUUUUCUUUCGUCCUCCAUCCUUUGUAUCUUUCUUUUCUCUCAUUUAUUUCUUGUUCUUCCUCCCUUCCUUUGUUCGAUCGUUCCUUUCUUCCUUUCUUUCUUUCUUUCUUUCUUUCUUUCUUUCUUUCUUUCUUUCUUUCUUUCUUUCUUUGUCUUCCCAUGCGUAUUUUUCAUUUUGUCUUCUUUUGCUUUCCAUCACUCUUUUCUUUCUAUCUUUCUUUUCCCUCAUUUAUUUUUUGUUCUUCUUUUGUUCGUUCUUCUGUUCCUUUCUUGCUUCUUUCUUUCUUUUCCGUGUAUCUUUUCCUUCCUUCCUUCCUUCCUUCCUUCCUUCCUUCCUUCCUUCCUUCCUUCCUUUAUUUCUUUAUUUCUUUCUUUCUUUCUUUCGUCGUUUUUUGUUUCAUCAUUUAUUUAUUCCUCUCUUGUUUUAGUAAUGCCCUUCUUUCUUUCUUUCUUUCUUUCUUUUUUUCUUUUCAUUGUUUGUUUUUCUUUAAUAAUUUCUUCUUUCCUCCAUUCUUUUAG